GAGGAGAGGAACUUGUGUGAGACAAGCCACUCUUGACAGAAGGUGCCAGGCUGGGGUCAAAAGGCUGGGGAUCCUGGCCCAUGGUGGGACUCAGCCUCCACUCUGACUGCCCCACAGGAUGCUGGAGCUGAGCCUGUCCUGGCUGGGACUUUGGCCAGUGGCAGCCUCCCCAUGGCUGCUGCUGCUGUUGGCUGGGGCCUCCUGGCUCCUGGUCCGCGUCCUGGCCUGGACCUACGCCUUCUAUGACAACUCUCGUCGCCUCCAGUGUUUCCCACAGCCCCCAAAACGCAACUGGUUCUUGGGUCACCUAGGCCUGGUCCCCCCCACGGAGCAGGGCAUGAGCAAAUUAACUGAGCUGGUGGCCAAAUACUCCCAGGGAUUUAGGGUCUGGAUGGGUCCCAUCACCCCCAUCAUCGUUUUCUGCCAUCCUGACUUGAUCCGGAUCGUCGCCAAUGCUUCAGCUGCCAUCGCAUCAAAGGACGUGAUCUUCUAUGAAUUUCUAAAGCCCUGGCUGGGGGAUGGGCUCCUCCUGAGUGCUGGUGACAAGUGGAGCAGGCACCGUCGCAUGCUGACGCCCGCCUUCCACUUCAACAUCCUGAAGCCCUAUAUGAAGAUUUUCACCAAGAGCACAGACAUCAUGCACGCCAAGUGGCAGCGCCUGAUCAAAGAGGGCCACACCCAUCUGGACAUGUUUGAACACAUCAGCCUCAUGACCCUGGACAGUCUGCAGAAAUGUGUCUUCAGUUACGACAGCAAUUGCCAGGAGAAGCCCAGUGAAUAUAUCGCCGCCAUCUUGGAGCUCAGUGCGCUUGCGGCAAAGCGGAACCAGCAGAUCUUACUGCACUUGGACUUCCUGUACUACCUCACUCCAGAUGGGCGGCGCUUCCGCAGGGCCUGCCGCCUGGUGCACGACUUCACAGAUGCCGUCAUCCAGGAGCGGCACCGCACCCUCCCCAGUGAGGGUAUUGAUGACUUCCUCAAAGCCAAAGCAAAGACCAAGACUUUGGACUUCAUUGACGUACUCCUGUUGACCAAGGAUGAAGAUGGGAAAGGAUUGUCAGAUGAAGAUAUCCGAGCUGAAGCUGACACCUUCAUGUUUGAAGGCCAUGAUACCACAGCCAGUGGUCUCUCCUGGAUUCUGUACAACCUUGCCAAGCACCCAGAAUACCAGGAGCGCUGCCGGCAGGAGGUGCAAGAGCUCCUGAAGGACCGUGAGCCUAAAAACAUUGAAUGGGACGAUCUGGCCCAGUUGCCCUUCCUGACCAUGUGCAUCAAGGAGAGUCUGCGGUUGCACCCCCCUGUCUUGGUCAUCUCCCGCCGCUGUACCCAGGACACUGAACUUCCAGAUGGCCGGGUCAUCCCCAAAGGUGUUAUCUGCCUCAUCAGUAUUUUCGGGACCCACCACAACCCAUCUGUGUGGCCAAACCCUGAGGUCUUUGAUCCCUUCCGCUUUGACCCAGAAAACAUCAAAGGGAGGUCAUCUGUGGCUUUUGUUCCCUUCUCCGUGGGGCCCAGGAACUGUAUCGGGCAGACAUUCGCCAUGACUGAGAUGAAGGUGGUCCUAGCGCUCACGCUACUGCGGUUCCGCGUCCUGCCAGACAAGGAGGAGCCUCGCAAGAAGCCAGAGCUGAUCCUGCGUUCAGAGGGUGGACUUUGGCUGCGGGUGGAGCCGCUGAGCGCAGGCCAGCAAUGACCCAUCACCUUCUUACCUGGGAUCCAUCGUGACCCUAGACACCUCCAGAUUCCCAGAAAUAAAACUGUGCUUGUCAUUUC